AUGUUCCAUCCCCAAUUGGUGGCGGGUGGUGCCAAUCGCGCUGCACCGGCAGAGGAGCUACGCGACACAGCCGAGACGGUGCAGAUAUCGUCUUUGGCAUUGCUCAAAAUGCUGAUGCACGGGCGCGCUGGGGUGCCGCUCGAGGUAAUGGGUUUGAUGAUUGGUGAGUUGAUUGACGACUAUACGGUCCGUGUAUCUGAUGUCUUCUCCAUGCCUCAAACGGCCACGGGUCAAUCCGUUGAAGCUGUGGACCCAGAGUAUCAAGUUCAUAUGUUAGACAAACUCUCCGUGGUGGGUCGACCGGAAAAAGUUGUUGGGUGGUACCACAGUCACCCUGGUUUCGGCUGCUGGCUUUCUGGUGAGGAUGUAAUGACGGCGAGCAGCUAUGAGCAACUGACGCCGCGCAGCGUGUCGGUAGUGAUCGACCCUAUCCAAUCGGUCCGCGGCAAAGUAGUAAUUGACGCCUUCCGCACCACGAAGGACCCGCAUACGGGGCCGCGAAUCAUGUUCCAAGAGCCACGACAGACAACAAGCAACAUCGGGUGGCUGACGCGACCUUCUCCUAUUGCUCUCACCCGUGGGUUGGAUCGUGACUAUUACAGUCUUCCCAUUACCUUCCGCAAGAAAAACCACGAACUUGCGCUACUCCUCAACGUCUACAAGAAGGGUUGGCAGGAGGGUUUCCGAUUAGAAAACAUGACACGUUUUGAUCGCAAUACGGUGCGAGAGAAGAUGCGUGCGCUGGCGUCGCUUGCCGUCCAGUCGGAGCGAUUCAUUGUUCAGGGUCUCGAUGAAGAUGAUGUAGGCAAUGUCGGUCGAGCAAAUCCCAUUGCGCAUCUCCAAUCCGAAUCGGAGGGCCUAAUCAACGCGAGUCUUAACCAAUCCAUAGGAGCGAUGAUUAAUGGGGUUGUCUUCUGA